AUGCGGACGGCCAAGGCCUUCCUGGCCUCGGCUUCGGUUGUCAUUUGGGGUUCAUUCCUACAAUGUAGCACCGCAGAGGAAUAUGUGCCGUUGGACACUCCCCAGACCUUUCAGUCUCAGCUGAAGCCUUGUCCAGCUUCCUGUGCAGGACAGAAGCCCGAGAACUGGACCGUUUACUCAGAUUUUGACCGCCUCGCUGUCUGUAACCAGCCGCUUCUGCUGGACUUUUCUAUCUACAACGACGUCCUGAAUCCCAACACCGAUACCAAACUCCGUGUCUGCACCGAUGGAGACGCCAACGAUACGACCAAUGCACUCUUAGAGGAAGAAUUAUCGGCUCAAAAGACCCCGCGUGAUGAGCCUAAAUGUGUUGUUGCCACUGAGUCGUCCAAGGUCCCUGUGCAGGUUUCCAGCUACGGGUCAGACACCAGUAAUCAGACUGCAUUUCUGGUCGCUCUGGAGAAGGUGCAGAAGCAUCUCGCUGAUAAACGUAAUUGCGCCACCAAAGUUCUCUUUGGGUACUCCAACGGCGCCAUCAUAGGAGUCUACUCCGGACGCGCAUUCAACAAGGCCACCGCCUCCUCCGUCAUUGACUCCGUGUCUGAUCAAAUAUCCAAGACCGCCCCAGGAAGUAUUCUCGCCCAACUCUGCGGCGAAGGACGCAAUGCCAAUCACGUGUUUGGCGUGCUCGCCUCUACCAAUAUCGGAGACGUCCAAAAGGCGGUCAGAUCAUGGAAUGAAGCCAAGUGCGUCUCCAACGUGGGAACAACUGAGACGAGGGAUCUGCCAGUUUUCGAAGAACGCUCAGAACUCAUUCCCAUCACUGAUAAUUCGACAUCCUCCAAGCACACCCUCAAUGCUCGUGCCGACUGCCGAACCACCACAGUUGUUGCAGGAGACUCGUGCGGUGCCCUGGUAUCGCGGUGCGGUAUUUCGACGAGUGAUUUUACGAAGUACAAUAGCGACCCGAAGCUAUGCUCCACAUUAGCUCCGGGGCAGCGAGUUUGCUGCUCGGCGGGAACUCUGCCUGACGUGAGGCCCAAGCCGGGCGCUGAUGGGACUUGUGCAACGCAUCUGGUGAAGUCGGGUGAUACUUGUUCUUCGCUGGCAGCGGCGAAUGGUUUGAAGUUGGUAGAUAUUGACACUUUUAAUAACGGGUCUAGUGGAACUUGGGGUUGGAACGGAUGCUACAACUUGAUGGCCGGCAUGAACAUCUGCUUGUCAAAAGGCAACCCACCGAUGCCUGCACCGGUCUCAAAUGCGCUGUGCGGGCCCACGAAGCCUGGAUCACAACCCCCUGGAAAAGGUCAAAACUUAACAUCACUCAACCCCUGCCCCCUUAACGCCUGCUGCAACAUUUGGGGACAGUGCGGCAUCAACUCCGACUUUUGCGUCUUGAAAAGGGGCCCAUCGAACAACCCCGGCACUUCACCACCCGGAAAGAACGGCUGCGUCUCCAACUGCGGCCUGGAUAUCGUCAAUACCAGCAAGAAACCACCUAAUUACGGUCGUGUUGGGUACUACGAGUCGUGGAGUUGGAGUCGACCGUGCCUUCGCAUGAACGCCCGGGACGCCAACACACUCGGCUACUCAAUUAUCCACUGGGCCUUCGCCAACAUCGGACCCGAUUACACUGUUGUCAUCAAUGACACUUAUAAGCAGUGGAAUCAAUUCAAGAAGAUCCCUGACGUGAAAAAGGUCGUCUCUUUUGGAGGCUGGGGUUACUCGACCGAGCCUGCCACUUACAACAUCUUGCGACAGGCCAUGGACCCUGCCAACCGCGACAAAUUCGCAAAGAAUGUAGUCGACUUUCUCAAUAGAGAGGGGCUGGACGGUGCCGACUUCGACUGGGAGUACCCCGGUGCCCCUGAUAUCCCUGGAGUUCCUCCGGGCCUGGCAUCUGAUGGUCCAAACUACCUGAAGUUCCUCGAGAUCAUUAAGCCAAAGAUGCCACAAGGCAAGACACUGUCUAUAGCGGCGCCUGCGUCUUAUUGGUACCUCAAGGCAUUUCCAAUUGAUAAAAUGGCCAAGACAAUCGACUACAUCGUUUACAUGACGUACGAUCUGCACGGCCAAUGGGAUGCGGGCAACAAAUGGGCCACCGAAGGUUGCCCCGAGGGAAACUGUCUUCGCAGCCACGUCAAUAUCACGGAGACCAAUAUUGCCCUUGCCAUGAUCACCAAAGCCGGCGUGUCGACCAACCAGAUCUUCGUGGGAGAGUCAAGCUACGGUCGGUCCUUCAAGAUGGCCAAAGCCGGAUGUGAUGGCCCCAUGUGCAGAUACUUGGGUGAUGGCACCAACUCCCUCGCCGCCAAGGGCCGCUGCACAGGCACGAGUGGAUACAUCGCCAAUGCCGAGAUCAAAGCCAUCAUAGAGCUCCAGGAAACGCCCAUCAAGAGCUGGUACGAUGAGAAGACAGACACAGACUACCUGGUGUACAACCAGACUGAAUGGGUGGCCUUCAUGUCGACUGACACCAAGAAGAAGCGCCGCGACAGCUGGAGGAGCAAGAACUUCGCCGGAACCAUCGAUUGGGCUGUUGAUCUACAACGAUUUUCUAAUGCUGAUGAUUUCACCAAUCCGGAUUCGCAAAGCGGCGAUGACUUGCCCGACACUGAACCCCUGCCCCCCUGCACGGCAUCCUACAACACACUCGAAGAGCUCGAUGCGGCACUAGCGGGAAUCCUGGAGCAUUGCAAAGCGCAAUAUACUCUCAACGUUCUAGACAAGCUUCUCAAGGGCGCCUUGGACGGAUACGACGGCCUGCUGCGCGAUGGGUACGAUAAUAGCUUCAACACGUACGCCAACGCUGUAGUCGGAUCAGCAGGAAAACAAGUCGAGAAGUUCUAUAUGGAUAACGGAAACAAGUACUGGAACUGCGUGGUCACCGAAACCAUUUACUGCUGCUCAGCCUGCCGAUCCGACUGGAGCCAGCCCGAGGUAGACAAGAACUGCCGGUACUGCGAGGACUACGACUGCCGUGAAGACGUGUGCAAUCCAGACUUGGGGUGCACGACGGAAUUUCGGUACAAGAACUUCACGCAGCCGUGUCCGCCGGAUUACUCGCAGCGGGGGGAGUGGAAUAGCGAUCCGGAGCAUAUCCGGUAUAUGCAGUCGGUGUAUUACACGUGGCAGUCGGGGAAGCAGGAAAAGUUCUGGGCGGACUUGCUGACGGAGACCGGGAUCACCGAGGAGAAUAUAGAGUUCAAGGACAUUCAUUACUGGGAAUGUGCGCCCACGGAUAAGGACUGUAGGCAUCAGCAUUGGGAUUACGGCGUGCCUUCGCCGAAGGGGUAUAGUAAGGAGGACGUGACAAAUCCCAAGGAGGUUGUGUCGAAGGGACAGAACGAGCUGCACGGCUUGGGUCCCCAGUUGUCGGGUAUUGUCAAGGAUAUGCGCAUGAAUUCCUUCCGCGGCGUUGCAGAUGAUAUUAUUGAUGCCGUGUCGCUGCCCAUCUUCAUGGUUGUCGAGGCCGUGGAGAACAUGAAGCAGGUCCAGGAGAUUGCGCACGACAUCGACGAGCAGAAGCGCAAGGCUAUCAUUAUGGCUUUCUUGAGCGCGUUGCUGUUCUUCGUCCCCAUCGUCGGGGAGGUGGUGGGAUCCAUUGCCGCCAUGGCGGGCGUGGCGCGUAUUAUUGCUCUCCUGGGUGUCGCGGGAGAGGUGGCCAUGGGGGUGUAUGAUAUUGUGGACGACAAGGACAAUGCGCCCAUGGCGAUCUUUGGGAUUAUCUUGGCGCCGUUGGCGCUGCUGGAUGUAGUCAAGGUGGGCAAGGCGGCUGAUUGGCGCAGGGCGAUGAAAACGGAUGAUCUUGCUAAGUUGGGCAAGGUGGUUGAGGGCAGAAUGGGCACGAUUAAGAAGGUUACGGGUAUGUGCAUGCUGGGGACGGAUAACUUGCCCAACUCACCGGACGGCAUGAAGAGGGCAUUGGCAAAUAUUGUUACCGAGCCAGUGUGUGCUCUGUAUCCUUGA